GUCAUUUAAAGUAAUUAUCAGAUCAAAUUAUAGUAAAAAUCAGUGUAUUAUUAAAAACUGUUAUUUUAAAUUAAGGUACUUUUAUUAAUUUAUCAAAUACUGUUAUUAAGUCAUUAAGUACUGUUAUUUAUCUUAAAAAAAAAAUCUGACGUCACUUGGUAUUGGGCGGGGUAGCCUAUACCGGGUAACGGUCCAUCAUUCCUCUUAAGAUACUCAUUGGCGGAGAUACUUUAGUGCCACUGAGUCACGUGAUUCAGCAAUUAGAUAAAAAAAAAAAGUACUCGGACACUCGGAGUACUCCUAUUGCCAAAUGCCAAUAGUCCGUGUAGGUGCUCAUCUAAUUGCAGUCCUUACGAGACAAGACGGCCAAUUUCCAAAAGCUGGCUAAAAAAUGGCGACAAUUGCAUUUUCUCUCCCCUCAAACAACAUCAUAUCCCCAUUAUCAACCCAACACAAACACCCCCUUAAUUCCCUCACCUCACUCAAAUUGCUCAAAACCCCAUUAAAUUCCAACAAAUUAUCAGCCAAAAUCUGUUGCUCCUCUGAAACCACCAUUCCCACAUUCACAACAACUACAACUUCUUCUUCAGAAUCAGAUACAGAAGAAGAACUAGAACAAGAACACCAAUUUGAGGAGAGAGAAUCAAACCCAUUUCCCUCAACGACGUCGUCUUCAAAUGGUGGGUUACCUCCACCUGUGCUGAAGAAGAGGAAGAGGUACAGGAAAGAAUACCCAGGUGAGAGUAAAGGGAUUACUGAAGAGAUGAGGUUUGUUGCCAUGAAACUUCGGAAUGAUAAAGGGUCUUCUAAGAAUGAUGUGUCUGAUAAUGGGGAUGAGUCUGAUGGGAGUUGGGAGCCUAGUAUUGAAGGGUUUCUCAAGUAUUUGGUUGAUAGUAAGCUCGUUUUUGAAACGAUUGAACGUGUUGUCGAGGUUUCGAACGAUGUUUCUUAUGCAUACUUUAGGAGAACUGGAUUAGAAAGAUCAGAGGGUUUGGCCCAGGACCUAGAAUGGUUCAGCCAACAAGGUAUGGCAAUUCCUGAGCCUAGCAAUCCUGGAAUUUCUUAUGCCUCAUAUUUGAAGGAGCUUGCAGAAACAAGUCCCCCAUUAUUUCUCUCCCACUUUUACAAUGUGUACUUCUCCCACAUAGCUGCUGGGCAAGUGAUAGCAAAGCAGGUUGCUGAUAAGCUUCUAAAGGAAAGGCAAUUGGAGUUCUUUAACUGGGAUGGAGAUGAGCAAGUAUUCCUGCAAGGGAUUAGAGAAACACUUAAUAGGCUCGCGGAGCAUUGGUCUCGUGAUGCCAAAAACAAAUGCUUAAAAGAGACUACAAAAUCAUUUAGGUACCUUGGUCAAAUUGUGCGCCUUAUCAUCAUCUUAUAAGGAAUUAUGAUCUAUAGUUCCCCGCUGCAUCUGACCCCAUUCCUGGUUCCUUGAUGCCUCUCCUGGAAAGCAAUCUGUUCUAAAAAUUAUGGAUGGAGGUGUAAUCAUCAACCUGCUGUUGCAACUUGCUGGUAGGUUCAUGUGGUUGGUGCCAAAAGCGAUCAUAUCUGCAUGCACAAAGCUCGUGUUUGCAGAAUCGAAAGUCCAGAAGGGUUCACGUUGCUCGCCCUUUGCCUAAAUACAAUUGCUUCUUUUGUUGAAUUGGCUAAGACUUUGCAUAACUGGGAUCAACUCAGCCACACACUGGGCUAUCUGUCAUUCCAUCAAAUGACCUGGACUAUCACUUCCCUUGUAUAAAUCAUGUUCAUGACUCUGUAAAUUCAGGAAGUUCAUGUCUUGUAAAUGGGAAUUUUUUUUACUAAAAGUUCGAAGUAUUAUGAAAAAAAUUGUGACUAAAAUUAUUUAUUUAUUUUAUGAAAG